AUGCCAGCCCAUAUUCAUUCGGAUAAUGGCAAGAAUUUCGAGGGAGCGAAAGGGGAAUUGGUGGAACUUUUUGCUAGAUUUCACAGCGAAAGAGAGCAGGGAGAAAUCUCCGCCGCUUGCGCCCUAAAAGGUAUUACUUGGCACUUGACACCCCCAAAGGCACCACAUUUCGGUGGCCUAUGGGAAGCGGCGGUCAAGACUGCCAAGAAACAUUUAUUUCGGCAACUUGGAAGCACUCGUCUUACAUUUGAAGGUUACUACACCGUUCUACAUCAGAUCGAAGCUGCCAUGAACUCGCGUCCGACGACCCCAACGAUCUAG